AUGCCGCCCAUUAACACCCGGACCAAAAUCGACACGCAUCACCACUUCGUUCCAGAAUUUUACAACAAAGCUGUUCAGAAUGCGGGUGGAGAUCCCUCUGGCUUCCCCACACCUCAAUGGAGCCCCGAGUCCGACGAAGCAUCCAUGGAAGUGAAUGGAACGAGAACUGCUAUUCUUUCCGUGACUGCUCCUGGACCAGUCAUUGCAGGUAACGACCAGGAUGCAAGGGAGCUAGCUCGAGAGUGCAAUAACUACGCAGCCUCCCUUCGUGACCAAAACCCCACACAAUGGGGCUUCUUCGCGGCAAUGCCAUCCCUUCUGGACACUGAAGGCACCCUCGCCGAGAUCCGUUAUGCCUUGGAUGUAUUGAAGGCCGACGGUGUCACUCUUUUUACCCGCUAUGGCCCAAAGAAUCAAUAUCUCGGGCAUCCAGCAUUCGACCCAAUCUGGCAAGAACUAAACUCUCGUUGUGCAGUGGUAUUCAUCCACCCAACUCAUCCAAUUGACCCACACCGAGUCAAUGAGAUCUUCGCACAGUCUACAGUCGAUUAUCCCCACGAAACAACCCGUACUGCGGUUGAUCUGAUUUCUUCAGGCACCAAGCGCAAAUACCCGGACUGCAAGGUCAUAUUGUCCCAUGCCGGUGGGACUCUUCCAUGGUUGAUCUCUCGAGUAACACCCUCGCUCCGCGGGCUUCCAUUUGACGCCAAUGCGGGCCCCAAGUCUUAUGAAGAAUGGAUAGAAGAUUUCCGAUCAUUCUAUUACGAUCUCGCCCUCUCCAGCUCGCCCCUCAUUCUGACCGCCCUUCUGGGUUCUGUGCCACAUGAUCAUAUUCUUUAUGGUGAACUCCCUAUUCUAGCCGACAGGCUGCUCUUUGAAUUAUAUCUUCUGACUUUUCUAGGAUCGGAUUCGCCCUACGCUCCGGCAGAAAAGAUAGCACGAUUCAAGGAAGAUCUUGACAAUUUCCCGAUGGACCAGGAUCUCAAGGAUAAGAUCUUUUUCAAAAAUGCGUUGGCACUGCUGCCCCGGUUAGAUAAAUAG